AUGCGGCUGUCCCUGUUGUCCUCACCAGGGGCACUGGCUUCCUGUGCUGCAGGGGCCGCUUGGCUCCGCUGGUUCCGGGCUACCAUCGUGAUCUAUGCAUUGCUGGGGGCUCUCAUGUUUUCUCAUGUUGAAGGCAAAAGAGAGAGCAAUGAAAGUGAGGAGUACAAGGCUUUUAUGCUGAAUCUUGCAAGCCUUGCAAAGAAUUUGUCAGAAAAUGAGACCUCAAAGGAGAUGUUUAAGAAAAAUGCACAAGAGCUGAUCCGUGAAAUUAAAUUAGAAUGGUUUAUCGACCCCAAAGAGAAAUGGACCUUCUUAGGUUCACUGUUUUUCUGCUGUACAGUAUUUACAACAGUUGGUUAUGGUCACACAUACCCUGUGACAAGACUUGGGAAAUACCUGUGUAUGCUGUAUGCUUUAUUUGGCAUACCUCUAAUGUUCUUGGUUCUUACUGAUGUGGGUGACAUUCUGGCAGCUGUAUUAUCUGCAUCUUACAAUAAAGUUAGACAACUACAGUCAAAAAUAGUGACCAAACGGAGUCCUCUAUCCUUCUGUAAAAAAAGCAAAGAAUCAAAACCAGCAUCAUCACUAAGGCAAAGCAAAAUAGUGCUUCAUGAACCUUUAAACAUUACACAAGUGUUAAGAAGCCAAUCUUCUUUGAAAAGUAAGCCUGGGCAUUAUCGGAAUGCUGAAAUAUUUGAAAGACUCAUUGCUAGAGAAAAUCAGUUUCUUGUCCCACCUAAACCGAUUGAACGAUGGAGUUCAUGUCCUCAACUAGAUACAGGAAAGAUGAUGGAUGAGAUGAUUGACAAUAUUGACAACAUUGGGAAAGAAGUCGAAAAGCUGGAUGUGCCCUUUCCACUGAUGACUCUCAUUGUCUUUGCAUAUAUUUCCUGUGCAGCUGCUAUUCUUCCACACUGGGAAAACAAAUUAGAUUUUCAAGAUGCUUUUUACUUCUGCUUUAUCACUUUAACAACCAUCGGAUUUGGUGAUAUCGCACUCCAGCAUCCCAACUUCUUCUUGUUUCUCUCGCUGUACAUUGUGAUCGGCAUUGAAAUAGUCAUAAUUGCUUUUAAGCUGGGACAAGACAGGCUCAUUAGUCUGUACAAAAAGAUGUUCUUCUUUUUUGGACAGAAAAAGGUUGUAUACAAAAUGGUAUAA